AUGCUCUCUUCGGCGCUCCUUCUAGCGGCCACUUUUGCGCAACAACAAUCAACCAGCCGUAAUCAACCGAAAAACACGAAAAAUCAAAACUUUAUUCCAUGCUAUCCUCCACAGCCAAUCUAUCCCAACCAACUAAUGGACCCAACACAGGACAACAUUCAAUACCCACAGCAAUUCAACAACAAUCAGAAUCUCCCUUCUGGAAGCACUGGACCGAAUGGAAAAAGAAUCCCUCAACAGCCACAAAAAGGACAAAAGCCAAUCAUCCCACAAAUAAAUCAAUUCCCCGGACAAUCAAUGAAUCAAUUGAAACAACAACCACUCCCACCGCAAAACAUCUUGAAAAACGAGAUCCCCGUCGACAUUUGCACGAGCUUCACGCAUUGCAACACCGGAAUGAAAUGUUGCGCCAUGCAAAAGAGCAAUCUUCUCGGCCUCUCCUAUCAACGAUUCAAUCUGCCGGUGCUCGGCCGUUGCACUAAAGCAUGCCAGAUCGGUGAGAUCAACUUG